AUGUCUUCAAACGUCCUCGUCGAUCGCGAUAUCAACGCAACUGUUACAGCUGCACCAGAAACCAUGGAUGGAAAGGUCGAUAUCAAGAGCAUGGAGUACCAUCGUCAGGUGUUGCAGAGCAAGAUUGAUCAGCAACAGGGCAAGCAAUCUUACAUCUCGCCUUCCGAUACCAUCAUGAGCCCAUGUACGCAAAAGCUGAGCGCCUACCGCAACAAGCAAGUCUCAAAAACCAAGCCAAAAUCUCUCUUCGCAAAGACCUCAGCAAAAAGCCUCGCAGGCGGCUCCAACAUGUUCGGUUCCCAACCAAGCACCACCGACUCCAAACCCUCCGGUUUGUAA